AUGGGAUCAGAUAUAAAAACAAAACCCAGUGGUUCGUUACUCCUAGCGUGGCAGGUAAAGGACAAACAUUGUUUAGUAAUUGGGGGAGGAGAUGUUGCAUUAAGCAGAAUACACCAUUUGAUUCGAGCACAGGCAAAGAUUACAGUAAUUGGGGGUACUAGCAAGAAAGGCAUUAAUGCAGAAAUUUUGCAGUUAAAUAAGGAAGGAUAUAUAUAUAAGUUGGUGGAGAGGGAUUAUGAGUCGUCAGACUUGGCUAUGUACGAAAAAACCAAACUUGAUCUUGGGGGAGAAGAUAGUUUCGUUUAUGAUUUGAUCAGUAGUGACCAUUAUGAAGAAAUAGACCGCCAGGUGAAGAACGAGGUGUUUGCAAAUGUAUGCUGUUGUAUAGAUGACUACGAGUUGUCUACUAAAAUAUACUAUCAGUGUAAGUUUUUGAGAUUGCCUGUUAACAUAGCUGAUAAACCUCCUUUGUGCGAUUUUUACUUCGGAAGCAUGUUCAACCAAGAUAAUUUGCAGAUAAUGAUUUCGACCAACGGCAAGUCGCCAAGGCUCCUGAAACUCAUUAAAGAUAAUAUUGCAAAGCAGUUUGAAGGCAUUGAUUUAAAUAAAGCGGUUGAGAACUUGGGGUUUAUAAGAUCGAGAUUAAGAGAGACUAUUGUUGUAGAUGACGAUUUGGUAAGUAUUGAUACCAGAAUGGCAUGGAUUAAGAAAUUGACCGAUUUUUUCACCCUCAAACAAUGGAGUAAUUUGGAAUUGAUAUGUGGUGACAAGGAUAGAUUUGAGAGGGUUGAUAGGAUUAUAAAAUACUUCCCAGAGUAUCCUCCUCGAGAGUUUGAUAAUUUUAAGCUAGCUAUAUAUAAUUAG